CGACAUUCUUUGAUUCUGAUGGCGGCAACCGUUGGCGUCCUGUGGCUUCACUCGCUGCUUUCCCUCUCCUCGGCCGAUCACGCCAUCACGUUCCACUCUACCGCCAUGUUCGUCAGGAAGUGCGUGGAUUCGCACAACCAAUACCGGUCGAUAGUGGCGCCGGAAGCCUCCAACAUGCACUUCAUGAGCUGGGAUGCAGGACUUGCUAAAACUGCCAAAGCAUGGAGCAAGACAUGCAAGUUCAUAAAUAAUCCAUUUCUGAAAAUACCAGGAAAAGGCCAUCCAUAUUUUAAUAGCAUUGGAGAAAACCUCUACAUUACACCAGACAAAUUUGCUGUGGAGCAAGCUAUUGAAGAAUGGAACACAGAUGGCAAACAUUUUGAUUAUUACCAAAAUACAUGCGUAAAGCAACAAAAGUGUGAUCGUUUCACCCAGCUUAUAUGGGGAGAUAGUUAUAAACUUGGCUGUGGUGCUAAUCAUUGUAAGAAAGGGAUUCAAAAUUCUAACUUGACAAGUGGAAUAUUGUUUGUGUGUAAUUAUACCCCCAGUGGAAAUCUUAAAGGAGAAUUACCCUAUAUAAGAGGGCCGCCUUGUACCUAUUGUGGUCCAGAUUUUUGCAGGAACAAGUUAUGCAGUGAUCCAGAUCGAGAAUCAAUCAGUCAAUAUCCUAAAUGGAAACCAGAUUUUGGGUCAGCAUCCAUUUUAUUGUCAAAAUGCUUUUUGCUACUAUUAUCUAUUAUAAUACAUAUAUAUAUAUUAUCUAUUUUAUGCAAACAUUUGGGAUUGGCAGUGCAUAAGGAUGAAACAGAUUUUUAA